UUUCUCAUGGGGAUGGAUACAUUGAGAAAAAGAUGCAAUUCCAAAGCCUACACAUCCAUGGAUCAUACAAUGGUCACCAUCAAACCUCAUCUCCUUUCACCUUCCCUCCUUCCUCCCUCCAAUUUCAAAUUCCUCCAAACCUCUCCAAACAAUCACACCCCACACACAGACACCCACCCAUCUACCCACCAACCAACCACUUCUUCCACCCCCCAUGGACACCCCAACCUUGACCACACCCAGCAAAUCCAUGCCCACAUGAUCAAAACCCAAUUUGAUCACACCCGGCAAACCCCUCUCACCCACCUCCAAACCCAGCUAAGCCCUGCAGCUCAGCACAACUUCUUGAUAACUUCAUACAUUAAGAACAACUGCCCGGAAAUUGCACUCGAAAUAUAUGCCCAAAUGCGAAGAAUGGAUACCCAAGUCGACAGUUUCACCAUUCCAUCAGUCCUCAAAGCUUGCGGGCAAUCUUCUUUCGCAGUUUUGGGAAAGGAGACGCACGGCUUCGCGCUGAAGAGCGGGUUGGAUGGUGAUGUUUUCGUGCGCAAUGCGUUGAUCCAAAUGUAUAGCGAAAGUGGGAACGUGGUGCGAGCUCGCUUGCUGUUUGAUAAAAUGACUGACAGAGAUGUUGUUUCUUGGAGUACAAUGAUUAGGAGCUGUGUUAGGAACAGAUUGUUUGGUGAGGCAUUGGAACUUAUAAGGGAAAUGCAUCGUGUUCGAGUGAGGCCUAGUGAGAUUGCCAUGAUUAGCAUGGUUAAUCUCUUUGCGGGGGUUGCUGAUAUCGAAAUGGGGAAAGCGAUGCAUGUUCAUGUUGUGAGGAAUGGCAAGCACGAGAAAUUGGGAGUUCCUGUUACUACUGCUUUGAUCGACAUGUAUAUCAAGUGUGGAAAUUUAACUUAUGCAAGGAGGCUCUUUGACGGGUUAGGACAGAAAAAUAUUGUUUCGUGGACUGCAAUGAUCGCGGGGUACAUUCAUUGCAGAGAUUUACACGAGGGAGCAAAACUUUUCAACAGAAUGCUGGCGGAAGGAAGUUUUCCGAAUGAGAUUACGAUGCUGAGUUUGAUUAUCGAGUCUGGGUCUGUUGGCGCUAUGGAAUUAGGCAAGUGGCUGCACGCCUACAUUCUGAGACAUGGGUUUGUCAUGUCUUUGCCUUUGGCCACUGCUUUGGUCGACAUGUAUGGAAAAUGCGGAGAAACCAGAUAUGCAAGGGCUGUUUUCGAUAGUGUGGAUAACAAAGAUGUUAUGAUUUGGAGUGCCUUGAUCGCAGCUUACGUGCAUGCCAAUUGCACUAAUGAGGCUUCACAGCUCUUUGCUCGGAUGAAGAAUAGCGGAGCAAGGCCAAAUCAAGUCACAAUGGUUAGCCUGAUUUCGUUAUGCGCAGAAGUUGGAGCCCUUGACCUGGGCAAGUGGGUUCAUUCGUAUAUAAACCAGCAACGGGUGGAAGUUGAUGUCAUUUUACGAACAGCUCUAGUUGACAUGUAUGCGAAAUGUGGAGAAAUCGAUAUGGCUCUCAGGUUGUUUGAUGAAGCCACAAAUCGAGACAUUUGUAUGUGGAAUGCCAUGAUGACAGGAUUUUCUAUGCAUGGCUGUGGAAAACAAGCUCUGGAACUCUUUGAACAAAUGAACAGAGAAGCUGUGGAGCCUAACGACAUCACAUUUAUCGGAGUUCUCCAUGCUUGCAGUCACGCUGGAUUGGUGGUAGAAGGAGAGAAAUUUUUUGAGAAAAUGGUUCGUGUCUAUGGAUUGGCUCCGAAGGUUGAGCACUAUGGAUGCAUGGUGGAUUUGUUAGGUCGAGCUGGGAAACUCCACGAGGCUCAUGAACUGAUCAAAAGCAUGCCCAUACAGCCUAACACAAUUGUAUGGGGUGCCCUGCUCGCUGCGUGCAAAGUUCAUAAAAAUCCCGACUUGGCUGAAGUUGCUUCAAGGCAGCUUCUCCAGUUGGAACCUCAAAAUUGUGGAUACAACAUUCUGAUGUCGAACAUCUAUGCAGCAUCAAACAGAUGGAAUGAUGUUGCCGGGGUGAGAAAAGCCAUGAAAGACAGAGGAACCAAGAAAGAACCCGGUCUCAGCUCGAUCGAAGUAAAUGGCUCGGUCCAUGACUUCGUAAUGGGGGAUAAAGCGCACCCUCAAGCCGGAAAAAUUUACGAAAUGCUGGCUGAGAUGAUCAAGAAGCUGAACGAGGCAGGUUACACUCCUAACACGUCGGUCGUGUUGCAGAACAUAGAUGAGGAAGAGAAAGAAACUGCGGUUAACUAUCACAGCGAGAAACUGGCCAUGGCAUUCGGUUUGAUCGCUACUGCUGCAGGUACCCCGAUUCGGGUUGUGAAGAACCUCCGAGUCUGUGACGAUUGCCACACAGCAACAAAGCUUUUAUCAAAAAUUUACGGGAGGGUAAUUAUGGUAAGGGACCGGAAUCGCUUUCACCACUUCAGAGAAGGAUCUUGUUCUUGUGGUGAUUAUUGGUAGCAAACGACGAUUAUUUGUAAAUGUAACUGGUAGCAAACGACGAUUAUUUGUAACAUGUAACGUAAAUUCGAAAUGUGAUUAAUUCAUUCAGAUCAA